AUGAACGGCGAUUCACCCUUGGAGGUGGUGUCGAUCGAUGAAUUCCGUGCCAGAUGCUUACAAAUAGGUGUUGGUCCCGACAUACUUGCGCAGAUAGAUGCCGUUUUCACACCCCAGAAACCUCCACCUACAUUCGACUCGAAUCGCAAGCGAGCUGAAGAUGUCCCAAUCGCACAACAACCAGCAAAGCGACAAAACAACGACGUCACAUCUUCCAACUGCCAGGUCUCUCUUGAACCACGAUCAGAAGCCUCGCAGGAGCUAGCUCAACCUCAAAGCGUUCAAUCACAUGAGCUUACAGCUAACGAGUAUCUUCUAUCACAGCAGGUGGCCGAUAGUAGCGACCAGGAUGUGGAAAGGUUCAAGGGCCGUGUUGCCGAGUGCAAGUCUGUAUUACAGGAACUUGAGGCAGAACAUGAAUUGCUAUCUCGAAACAGAGGCUCUGAGGUCGUCGAAAAGCUGAAGAAGACUCUUGACAAUACUACCAAGGCGCACGACGAGAUAAUCUCGAAGAUAGAAAGAAACAAAAAUAUCAUCGACCAGACAUCCCAGAUAAUCAAUGACAAUCAUGACAUGAUACCAGCGCCGCUACGCCAAUCUUUGAAGAUAAGCCGGGAAAGUCACAGUCAGCUCGUGCGCCACAGUCGCAUUCUUGAAAAACGUCAGGCCGAACAGAAGCAAGAGCUGGAAAAUGCUCAGGGCAAAUACAACGAAGCCACUGCUGAGCUUGAGGCUUUGAGUCAGAGGAUCUCGCAAUCGAAGCUUAACCUGGAUUGUGCUGAACAGAACCUCAAACGCGUCGCUCUGCGUAGCAGGCUCAGCGAUUUUAGUCGCAUCAAUGUAUUCGCCCUAACCAACGAUCAAAGCUCCCAGUUAGCCAGUCUUACAGGUCAGAUGGAGGCACUACUCAAUGAAAGUUCCUACGCAUCGAGCCCUUGA